AUGAAGUUCCAAAAUGCCAUAUCCCUUUUGGGUGACCUCCGACUGGCAAUUUCAAUUGCCUUGAUUCCUACUCUCAAGGCCGUCGUGAAAGAGCCCACACUACUAUUCAGAUGGCAGGCACUUUCGAGGGUCUUUUUCGCUCGUAUGUGGGUAGACUUUGGGGAUGGGAUCGAUGGGAACUGCAAAGAUGUCAAAGAGAACUUGAUCACUCCCAACGCGUACGGAGUGGUGCUGGAUGUCGGUGCUGGUUUCGGACACACGGCCAAGUAUCUCAAUAGGGCACGAGUGACCCGCUACGUCGCCCUAGAACCUAAUGUUCUCAUGCACGAUAAAAUCCGGGGGCAUGCGAACGCGGCAGGGUUUCACGAGUCGGACGGGACAUUAGUGAUUCUCUCCUGUGGUGCGGAAGAGAGCUCAAAAAUAUUGUCGGCCCUCUCCUCGUUUACUACGACCUCUACCAAAUCUCCCACUGCCCCGUUAAUCGACACUAUUGUUGCGAUCCUGACCUUGUGCACGAUUCCUGAGCCACAGAAAAGCGUCACGCGUCUUGCGCAGGACAUCUUGAAGCCGGGAGGACAGCUCUUGAUGUACGAGCACGUGCUGCAUACUCGUGCAGACAUCCAGUGGUGGCAGAGGUUCUGGGCGCCUGUGUGGGCAUGUGCUUUUGAUGGAUGCAGGAUUGAUAGGCCUACGGAUAUCUGGGUGCGCGAUAUCAAGGAUCGACAGGAUCAGAGGAAGAGCGUGUGGAGGGAAGUAGAUUCGAAACGGAAAGAGGCAGAAGACGAAGAGACCCUCUUUGGCCAUAUUAUUGGCCGUUUUGUCAAGGCGUAG